UUCACUUUCCAGUGGUUAGUGCAUGUUUGGAAGAGACAACUGAUUUGUACGGAUCUGUGUAGGAUGGAGCAAAGCUGGAACUAAAGGAGCGCAAGUUGACAGCAGUGCAAUAGCUCUAAUUGACAGAUACCAAAGGCACUAUUUAAAGCAACUUUUCUUCUGCUGUUAAAGUUAAAAAUGGCCCCCAAUUUGUCCUCAGAUUCCCAUGUUAAAAAGAAAUGUUUGCAAGUAUAUUAAUUUAAAAUGGAUUAGCUGGAAUAUUAAGUGCUCCUUUUAUGUACUUGCAUUUUCAAGUUAGAUGAUCCAAAAUGCUUCUGUGCAAGGUACAGGAAGAUGACUGUUUCUUAACUCCUCCAGAGUAAAAGCUGUCUUUCAGGGGAUACUUUGCACAUGUGAGAUUUGCGCUAGUGGUUUUUUGGCACUCACAGUUUCAUCAGAAAUGCAUUUCAGCAAAUGGGAGGCAGAAGGAUUAAUACACACGCUGCGUGUCGUGGGUGCAAAAAUGCAAGUAGAAAUUACAACCAUCAUUGGAAGGUCUGGGAAAAUAUGCCUUCCUGGAUGCGAGCAGGACAAAUUAGGAAAUAUCAGAUUUCUUUUACAACUGGCUGUUACUCUUUACAUUUCUGGAGAACUGGGAUCUUGCUGUUAAUCUUACAAAAAUAGAUGCUGUGGUGAAGCCUCAGGCAUGAAUAAAAUUGGAUGUUAAUCUUAAAGCAGAUUUUUUACAGCUAUGCGCUCAGAGCCAGUGAAUCCAAAUGAUUUGGAAACUCUGUGUUUGUUACUUAUUUAGAUCAAAGUGCUGUGGGGAAACAGGUCAGCGGCCCAGGUACAUAUUGUAACGUUUGAGGCUCCUUAAAGUUGAGCAGAUAAGGGCAGCAAACAUUAAACAUCUCUGGCUUCACGCAAAUAAUAGGCAAAGCUGAAAAAAGCCUGCUGACAAGAGGAGUGGGUGUUGGUGGGUGACUUGCUGCAGUUUUAGAGCUGUUAAGUGUAGGUUUUUUAGCAUUUUCAUUAUUUAAAAGUGGAGUGGUAGUUUCUUCACUCCCUCUGAAAAGUUACCAAUUUACUCUGAAAUACAGGGUAACCCGCAGUGAUUUAACAGAUUUGUAAUGUGCUGUAGAGUGAUUUCAAGUAACAGACGCCCUCCUUCUCGCCAAGUUUCCCACCGUCUCAGCUCUGCCUCCGCUCCUUUCUCUGUGUACAUCUGCACCAAAAUGCAAAGCAGGGGCUGCCCCACGUGUGACUUUCAUCAGCCUAGCUCCGGUGUCAACAUGCUGGGCAGCUUUGACCGCUCGUGCCCAUGCGGGUUUGCCUUAUUCCCAGUGUUCAGAAAGAAGAGGCUGAGUUAAUGACGUUUGGACGUUGGAAAUCCCACCACAGAGCAUGGCGUGGUUCAAAAGCACCUGCCACUCUGCUAGUACCACUGCAAGCAGACAGUCCUUCCUGGUAUGCAGACCUUCAGCUAAGUUCAUGGGAAGUACCAACGGAGCGUGGUGUCGGUCCCCAGGGUGCUCCUGGAAUCCGGGCAAUAUCAUCAUCUGCACACCUCUCUGUCUGAUUCAGAGAAAGCAGCUGAGCUGUGUUCGCAAAUAGCUGUCCAAUAAGACAGGCUUCAUGCGAAGAUGAGAGGCAGCUGAGACAUUUUCCCUGGCUGUCAAGCUGAAUGGGUCUCAGCCAGCUCAUGCUCCAGCCAGUUCAUUCCUACCUAUUGCUUGUGUUCAGUUGCCAUGCCUAUGGAAGGAUAUUUAAGCUAGAAGCCCCUUAGCAUGAUAAUAUUUGAAUAUGACAGGACCUUGCUGAAUAGAAGCUGGCCUUGUAUUUACUCUGAACAGUCUCUGGUGGUUUGUGGUAGGGAAUUGGGAGCUGGGGCUGAAGCCACAGCCUCUAGGACCAAACCACAGAAUUUACACACUCCUGCCAAGGCCUGCCAAUCUGUGUUCCUAGCUGAAGGUCUGUGUCACCGCUAUUUUGUGUGCUAGUGUCUUUGCUGUUUGAGGGAGGAAUCUAUUUUGUUCAGUAUAGCAAUACCGUCUAGCCUAGUUUAAUUUUAUUAGCUGCUGAUAACGUGUUACUAUUCUGCGCGUCCAUGAGCUUGUUUAGUGUCAAUAACCAAGGGCAGAAAUACUUGAAUGGGAGCCUAGAUGGAGAUGCUUUCUCUUUCUCUAUUCCUCAUGAGAACCCACCUGCAGUACCACCACAUCCAGCUCUCAGACCCCCAUCACAAGAAACACAAGGGCCUGCUAGAGGGAGUCCAGAGGAGGGCCACAAAAAUGAUCAGGGGGUUGGAAAGCCUCUCCUAUGAAGAAAGCCUGAGAGAGGUGGGGUUGUUCAGCCUGGAGAAGAGAAGGCUCCAGGGAAACCUUACUGCAUCUUUUCUUAAAGAAGGCUUAUAAGAAAGAUAGAGAUAGACUUUCUACAAGGGCAUGCAGUGAUAGGAUGAGAGAUAAAGAUUUUAAACUAAAAGCGGGUAUAUUUAGAUUAGAUGUAAGGAAGAAAUUCUUUAUUGUGUUGGUGGUGAGGUACUGAAACAGGUUGCCCAGAGAAAUUAGGGAUACCCCAUCCCUGGAAAUGUUCAAAGCCAGGUUGGAUGGGGAUUUGGGCAACCUGGUCUAGUGGGAGGCCUGUGGCAGGGGGUUGGAACUAGAUGAUCUUUUCGGUCUCUUCCAACCCAACCCCAACCAUUCUAUGAUUCUGUGCUGAUAUUCUGGAGGACUCCAAGGUUUCUUUUGCCUUUCUUCCUUUCCCUGAUCUAGAAGGCCAGGAGAACGCUUAUCCACUCAUAAUAAAUGAUUCAAGCUGCAUGAGACUGAAAGGUCACUACAAGUUUCUGUUACUCUCCUGAUGUGACUGGUACAAAUCACAUCUUCUAGCAAACUUUAAGCAAGUAUGCUUCUGUUACAAGGUGAGAUGGUAAGUUAGUGCCACUGACGUCUGUUGGGUAGAGCAUUUUAUUUUGAAACCAUUCUUGCUCUGAAGGCUCAGUCAACUGCUCUUAAUCUGGGAGCCUACAGUGUAGGUAAGUGUGGUCAUGAGGCUGAACAGCUCAUGCAACUCUCCUUGACUUGAACUGGAGAAAGGCCAGAGUUUGUUCACUUUCACAUUCUGUAACUGAGAAAAAUGAAUUCUCUUCUAGGGAAGCAGUAAUUCCUUCCAUUCUUCCCAAAUAGAUGAUGACUAAAGAAGGUCUGAGCUGAGUAUAGAUAUUCUUACAUUUACUUAAAAUGAACGUAGCUCAUAACUCUUAUUUUAGCACCAAUCUGGAACACUACUGUGAACAGAUUUACAAAGUCUGCCUGUUUCUUACCUUGGCAUUCUGGUAAUUAUACUCAUUCUUGCACUGAUACUUGGGAGUUUGAUGAAGCAAAUGCCUGAAAGGUGAGUAGGUGAAAGGUUGAUAGUUUUCUAUACAAACCUGUUCUUUUUGUGUACGCCAUAAUUUUCUUUCAGUUCUAAAGUAUGAUUUUCUUCUUCUGAUACUAAGGAGUGAGGCACUGGGUUUUUUUUUGUUUUGUUUUGUUUUUUUUCUUCUAGCAUGUAUGUCAUCAGCAGUUAUUAACUUUGUUCUAGUUGCAGGGUCCUUUGUUGCUGGAUUGAAAAAACCUACUAACUUCAACCAUGUGUUUUUAGACUAGACACUUAACAAAAACCUUUACUGCAUUUAUAAAAUGAGCAGAUUUAAUCUGAAAGUCAUUGAAAGAAACCAAUAAAGAACUUCCUUGAUGUGAUUUCUGGACUUACUAUGUGGAACUCUAUCACAUGUUUUCACGUAUUGGGCAUAAGGGCAUUUGAAAGGAUAAAGAAGGUUAAACAUAGAUGAUAAUGAAAAUAUUAUCAGUAUUUAUAGGUCAGGCAAUAAUGUCAGUGUAUUAAUGUGAUAUGAAAUAUUUCUUUGAUUUCAUGGACAGUGCCUUACUGUAUAUAGCUUGCUGCAAUAGUGUGGUCCUUGAUAUACAUAGUUUAACUUUUAAAAUGUGUUAGUAAUCUGUUUGCCUUGAAAUGCCUUAUGAAAAGUAUACUUAUUAUAGAACACAUACAGUUGCUAUCUGCCUAGUGCUAUCUCUGUUAUAGCAACUUAAGCUAAGAGAACACAUUUGGAAGAAAACCUCUUCCAAGCAGAGAAUUUUUUUUUGUUAUUGUUGCUGUGAAACUGUUGCUGGAAACGUUCAUUAACAAUUAGAGAUGUAGUCUUUCAACUGGACUUCCUUCAUUCAAAUUAUAUACAGAUUGCAAGACUCUUCAAGCCUACGGUCAUGUCAGGAGUGUGAGGAGUAAGAUAUUAGCCUUUCUUUUAAUCAGGAGAUCUUUGGAAUAGGUAUCUUGUUCACCAAAUUGCCUUCCUUUUCAUCUGUCACCAAAUAACAUCUUUGUAGAACUGCAGUAACUGGAAAGAAAGAAAAUACUGGAAAGUAUUUCUGUAGUUAGAACUGGGCUUGGCAUAUUUUCACCCUUCUGGAAAAGAGAUGCUGGUUUUGGUUCUUUGCUUUUUAAUCCCCUUUUUCAUGCCGUUGAGUACUGGAACAAAAGAAUAAAGGUGAGUACUGAGUAAACUGUGAAUUCUUUUUGGAUCAGACUUCAAGAGUCUGUUCUGACACACAUUUUGGUGUCACUUCUUCUGAGGGACUGUACUGACAAGCUCUCAGAACAUAUUCUUCCACGACAACUUCACAUAAUUUAGUAAACAUUUGAAUAAAUUUCAUACCAUCUUAUUGAAGUAGGCAGAAUACUUAUUUCUUGAGUAACCGAGCUUAAGUUAAAUGCUCAUAAUAAUUAAAACUAUAGAUUACAAUUAGUGGCUUGCCAUUCUAUUGCAGAAGUAGGUUGAAUGAAAAUCUCUGUCAAAAAUUAGAGGUUAAACACUGAAUUAAGAUACCAAAUAAUAGUGUGUCAGGAGUAUAGCCUUCUAUUUAGGACAGUGUUGUCAUGCACCUUGCUUGUACAAGGUCUGGAAACGCUGUGAGACUUGGACAAACACAGUGCAGCCUCAGACUGUAGGGAUGUUACCUCUUUUUGAGCACGAUAUGCUCAGUCUCUUGGUUGAUGGAAAUAUGUCCAGUAUCUAAGGAGCUUGAUAGUGUGGGAGACAGCCACAGAUGCUCGAUUAGAAUACCCGAACGUUGUAGCAUGGGGCAGGAUAUAGCUUCUGUUCCCUUCUGCACCUCUGAAAUUGGUGUAAUAUGAAUUAGAUUGUCAUCAAGUUUAAUUUGUGAAGACCCAUAAAACAGAAAUGGCUCUACAUCGGUGCUAAAACUUACGCCACUUGCAUUAAAUGCAUGAGUAGCAAUCAGUAUUUGUUAAAACAAGUGCUUUUCCAGAAAUAUUUAAGUAAAAUCUCUAGGUGAAAUCUGAGCAAAAUUUGGAUUGGUACCUGCAAAAAUGGUGACCUCCUCCCUUCUAAGUUCGAUUUUCCUCUUGACGAUAACCCUUCACCUAAAUUCCUCCCCAGGCAGCUGUAGUGAACGGAUCUGGCCACAGAGGGAAUCUGGCCCACCGAAUUCCUUUUCUUUCUGUGCAAUUGAAUGAAAAGCAUGUGUCUUUUGAAGAACAGUGACUGAAAGAAAUAUUAAUGACUGCUGGGACAUCUACAGAAAAGCAUAAAAAAAUUACUACAGCAGGGAAGACAAAGGGGCUCUGUUAACUCUUUCUUGUAGGUUGUAUAUAUUAAUAGUAACGACCAAAGGUUCGUAUUUUUGCAGGGAAACACACAAGGCUUUGAAUUGUAUUGUUUUAAUUGCAGCUAGCUGAAUGAAUUAACUGGAAAGUCACACACAGUGCUUUGAUUGUCUAACUCUGUAUGUGAGGCUUUGGGAACAGUUUGUUAUUAGAAAAGAACAGCACUAACAAGAAAUCAGCCAACAUAUAAUUGCUGGGCUGAGGGACAGUUUGGGGAAAGCUGAUAUUUAUUUAUAAACUAUUAAAUAAAAAGCACAUAAUAUGCGGGUCAUCUCUCACUGCCUCCACACUUCAGAUAUUACUCAUCCUCCUAAGCUUCGUGUUCUACGGGGCAUUGCUUCUUAUAACCACUUCAGGAGUUGAAACCACCUACACCUAGGGAAGGAGAUGCUUGGACCUCUGUUACAAUGGCAGUUUUGGCUAUGAGACUGCACCAAAGGACAUGACUUUUCAGUUCAAGGAAAGAAUUCUUGACCAGAGAGCUGCUAUGUGCCUAAAAUACACACAAGCACUCGGGACUCUGUUUAGGUAGCCUCAAUACUGGUCAGUGUUUCCUACUGACAGCAGCCAUCUAUCCAAUACCCUAAAUAAAAGCUUAAGUAAGGCUUAAGAACAAUUUUGGCAUUCAUUUUAGUGGGAUUCUCAAAAACAUUUCCUUCCCAUCAGUUUGGGAAUUAUGCAACUUCUGGUUGUCUCUUGUGCUUUUCUCUGCCUGCUUAGUGCUAUAUGACCUUAGAAUUACAGCCACUUUGGAAGAUACAGAGAGGAGGAAGGUGGCGGCUGGGCUCACCAAGAGGCUGGAAUGCAUUUCAUCCUCAAUAGUUUUGGCUAUCAAAUACCUGUUCCUGCUUCUCUGGGGGAUGGAACCAUGGCUCUUUCAUCUAUGAGCUUUUCUCUAGGAAAACAAACAUAACUAUUAUCAUUGGCCCAGCUCUUCACAGCUAUACAGUUUCCUCUCAUUUUCAGCCGAGAGCUAAGAAGCCAAAAUUAUGAUGGAUUAGCUCUCUGAGGCUUUCUAGCUGUGUGGAAAGAGUAUUCUCUCCUCCAUCUUUCCUUUAGAAGCAGAAGAGGUGACUUCUGGGGACACACACAGCCCAUCUCCCUUGCCUGGCCACCCUUUCAAGGGGCAGCCAUAGGUGUUGGCAGCUGUGGCACUCACAGUCAGGUGCACAGGGCAGCCAAUCCUCUCUGCUUCAGAGGUGCCUGUUGCAAAGCAGGUGCACUGACACCUAAGCAGAUCCUCACAUGGCCGUGCAACAAGUGUGUGAGCAACGUCUGGGCCUCGCAGUGAGGUGUGUGUCCUGCAGACCAGGAGGCCCUGGGGACAGAAAGGUGCACCGUCACCUGGGUAGAUGGCACUGCCAGACCCAGCUUUGGGCUCGCUGAGCUGCUAUAUGCAGAUGAUGUUUAUGCUGUACAAACAAAUAGUACUGUUAGACCAUUCAAAUAGCGUUCAUGCAGCUUUUAACUGGUAGAGACUUUAUUUUAUGAUUUCAUCUACAGGCUUGUUAGAAACUUCUGUAUCCACACCAUCGGGCAGACUUUCUCCGUGAGGCCCAGCUGAGGACAAGGGAAGUUACGGGAUUAAAUGAUCCUUGAUCACGAAAGCAGGUGCACCGGAGGCAAUCAGAAUGCACGUCUGCUGAAGCCCCGAAAGAAGUUAACAGCAGUCAAACUUGCUACCCAUAUGGUGGAAACAUCAGGAUUACUGAAUCCAUAGCAAACUCUCGGCUGUAUGGCUGCUACAGGCUUGUCCCCAUGAAGAGCCUCCUGAAGUCAGUCCCAGAAUCUGCAGUGCGUGACGUGACAAAUGCUUCCUGUUUUGUCUCUUUUGAGGUCUUGUGGAGACACUGUGUCCACAUCCAGCGUCUUCUCAGCUGGAGGAAGGCUUCUCGUUGAAGCUGCCAACCACCUGUGAGGAUCCUUGUCCAAUAGGAGGCUUCUGAGGAACGUGACUUUGCCACCUGUGUGAGGACCACAGCUGAAUCAACUUCAAAACCAGUGCCCCAGGUCUCCCAGGCAGAAGCAGAGGAAUAUCUGGGAUUGGUCUACCUUGGCUAACUGUGCUUCAUAACUUGUUUGUGCAUGAGCAUCUUGAAAAGAGAGAGGAUCGUGGAACUGCAGUUUGAAGUCACACAGUGUCAUUCAACUUUUAAUGUUCUCAGGUUUGAACUCAGAAACUGUUUUCCAAAUUCACGUGGCAGUGGAUUUUUUGCAACUUGUGAUUUCUGUUACAAAACAUCCUUGGAGUGCAUUUAUCCCACAUCUGGUGUCUUUAAGGGACUAAAGUAUUUCAGUUUGAGAUGGGACUGACUUAAGGUUCCAAUACUGGGCAGAGAUAGUUUCUGUACUCUUAUCUGGGAAAAGGAAAACGAAUUCCUUGUUCUUUUUCAUCCUUUUACUGUUUCUUUUGGAAAUCCAAUGGGAAUAUGAAGUUGUUGCCAAAAUAGUUCAUUGAGGCCCCUUGUAUUUAUGUUUAAUUAGUGGUGCCAUAAAUAUUACAGAAAAGCAUCGCACAGAGGGGUGAGCCCAGUGCCAUUUGGAGCACUGGAGCAGCAGAAUGAGGGCUGCAAAAUGUGUAGUAAUGAAAUGAGAACAGAAGAUAAAGAAGCUCUCAAGGUAGACCUAAUCUGUGUAAACCUGAAAAAACAAGUGCUUAUGCUAAGCUACUUUGGCCUCUGUGUCUAAUUGUCAGAGAAAGGCAUGGAUGAUGCAUCCUAAAUAAUUUAGGCACUCGCACAUUUUGGGAUGAUACGUUCACUGUCUGAGUCCAUGACCGCCCUAGAGAAGAUGCCUGCUUUCAGACUGCUCAGAUGAAACGCAGCCUUCAAACUUUGCUUUUGUGAAGCCUUAGCAGGGUUAGGUGGUAGCUUAUUGCUGUUGGCUGGAUGAUUAAUUUUCACAUUAACCAGACAAAACUGAAGCAGAAAUGCAAGACAAUAAGUUAGUAACCUUGUUUAAUUUGUUUCGUAGGACUCAGUGUUGGCUUUCUGUCCAGCUAAACCAUUGGUUAGACUAAAUGACCCCAGCUGGCUGAAAUGAAGGGACGAGUUACUGGUGGUAACAGCUGUGCCUUUUAGGUUAGCUCGUCUCCAGUAAGUGUGCAGGUAAACACCCCAAAUCCCAGAGUUUCUGCCUGGUUAACCCGUGGUUUGCUUUUCAAUUUAAAAUGAACUCAGUAGAAACCAGUUAUUAAAAGCCUUGCAAAUUCUUUUCCAGGCAUCCAGUACAAACCUUCCUACAUUUCCACCUGGGUGAAAUCUGAAUAGGGAUUGAAUAGAUUUCUACUGGCACACUCUGAUGAUAUUCAAGGAGUAGGUGUAGCAAGCUGUGGGAACCAAGAAAUUAAGGAAAAUAUUGCAGCGCUGUCAAGAGUAGGUGUAGACAUUUUGUACCUGCUAAACUAAAGCGAUGGGCCUAGCAUUUAAAAUAAUAUGCUGAUGUAACGCUCCAGAGGAGGGGUGAUUUGGGCAGACAAUGAUCUUUCCUCUGCUGUGCCGUUUCCCUGACGCUAGAAGGAAGCUAAAUGCUUUGCAUUGUAAACAGAGUGGAAAAUAAAGGAUGUGCGAAGGCAGGAUUCAGCUGAAGAAGUCCUUCGUUUGAGCAAGCCCCGGAGGCAGGCUGCGUUUUGCUCACCCCGCCCACUCCGGGCUGCUCUGCUCCGGGCACAGCCCAGCACGGCCGUCGGGAUUCCCCUGCUUCUGCAGGCUGUGCCCUCCGGUGUUGGGGCUCUCCGGCGUGGUCUGGAGAGGAGAAUGCGUUGAAAGGGCUUCCAUCGCUAUCUGCUGGAGUUACUUGGAAAUGAGGAGCAGAACGGCGGCCUGCUGCUCCCGAGGCUCCAGGAGCGCAACAUCCAAGAAAAGAUGGACUUUGAAAUCCGCAUACGGGAAGGUAUCCGUAAACUGCUUACAGUGAGCACACAGAAAGACCAGCUUUUGCAAGCAGUUAAAAACCUGAUGGUCUGCAAUGCACGGAUACAUGCAUACAGGACAGAGCUGCAGAACCAAAUGGAAGAGCCUGUCUCAUGCAGAACUGGAGGGUGGUUGUCAGACGCUGGGACAAAGGACCGGAUGGCAUGUAGAGCAAAAGUUGCCCUAUCAGAUAUUCGAAUACCAUUAAUGUGGAAAGGUUCUGAUCACUUCAACAAUAAAGAAAACUCACAGCGCUAUGCAGUGUUCUGUUUGUUCAGAAUGGGAGCUGAGGUUUUUGAUACAGACGUGGCAAUCGUGGAUAAAGCAAUAACAGAUAUCUGUUUUGAAAAUGUAACCAUAUUUGAUGAAGCAGGACCAGAUUUCCAGGUGAAGGUUGAAGUGUAUAGUUGCUGUAUGGAGGAGUCUUUAUACAUAGCAAACACCCCUAAGAAACUAGUAAAGAAGCUUAAAACAUCCCUCAGCAAGGCUACGGGGAAGAAACUCAAAGCUACGCUGGAAGAUGAUGGCACUGACUCCAUUUUGCUCUCUGACCCAGACAUCCAUGGAGCAAAGUACAGUUUGCUAGCGUAUACCACUUUGGGGCUGGAGAGUGCCGAGGACAGUUUCAGGACCCACAACCUUACCAUUACAGGAAAUGAGGAGUCUUCUUUUUGGCUCCCCCUGUAUGGAAACAUGUGCUGCCGUUUAGUUGCUCAGCCUUCCUGCAUGGCUAGGGAUAUGAUGGCAGGAUUUCUGAAUCAACAGCAAAUGAUAGGAAAUCUAACGAGCUGGAGGAGGCUGUAUUGCGUACUGAGAGGUGGAAAGCUCUUUUGUUAUUACUCACCAGAAGAAAUUGAGGCUGAAGUGGAGCCAGCAUUGACAGUUUCCAUCAAUAAGGGAAAGCGUGACUUGUUAUAUGACUGUUCCAUUCCCUGCAGUCCUUUAGCAACGUUCUGGGAGGCUUUUGUCCUCAGCAAGGAAACCAGAAUUCGAUCUGUGGAUAAAGACUCCAAGAGAAGAACCAAUAACUUCUCUGUUAUCAACCCUGUGUCUGGAGAGGCUGCGACUCAACUUUUUGCUACGGACAGUAGGGAAGAGCUUCAUAAGUGGAUGGAGGCUUUCUGGCAGCACUUCUAUGAUCUGAGCCAGUGGAAACAUUGUUGUGAAGAACUUAUGAAAAUUGAGAUUAUGUCACCACGGAAACCACCUUUGUUCUUGACAAAAGAAGCGACCUCUGUCUACCAUGAUAUGAGCAUUGAUUCUCCAGUGAAACAUGAGGGCUUAGCUGAUAUCAUACAAAGAAAAAUUGAAAAGAGUGAUGGUGAGUUCCUGCUUUGCCAGCAAAAAGAACCUGCAUCUUCCUUAUGGGCUUCACUCUUUGAUGGAUCUCAUGAGAUGGUUGUUCAGAAAAAUAUGCAUACUGCAAGUCCUAAUGAUGGCAGAGGGAAGAAAAGAAGAGCUCCACCUCCACCCUCUGAUAAACCAGCGUACAAUGCAAAAGCAUGUGGGAACAUAGCAGAACUGGACAAGGAGAACUGGGAGAGGCCUGGCGGCAUGUCUUGUAGCUCCGUAGAUUCAGCAUUAUCUACAGAAACACAACAGUUGCAGACACCCAUUGCUGCUCCUCACCACAUCUGUCCUUGUAGGAAAAACAGUUUAGCUGACCAUAAGAAUCCCAUUUCUUUGGUUACGAAGACAGAGUCUGAAACCAAACCAGUACCAACCCCUAGACAGAAACGCAUCACAGAAGUGCUAGACCCUAGAUCAUGGUUGCAGCCACAGACCUAAUUACUGGCUUAGAAGAUUCCCUGGAAUUUUAAAACCGCUGCUUAUAAGAUAAUGUGCUGUGAACAGUUACUGCACACUUCUGAGUGGCUCUGUAUGAGUUUCUGAAGCACUUCUACCAAUUUAACGGGAUCUCUGUGGUCCUUUGUGGUGCGUGCGCUGUCUGAAUGGACUGCAUCUGUCUGCAUACAAACAAGAAUGGAAUCCAUCAGUAUGGUUUAUUUUGGACUAAUACAAACAUGUCAAAGCAGCACUGCGAACGAAUACCUAUUUGGGAUUUCUUUUUUUUUUCUUUUUUUUAAUGAAUGAGGCUCUGUAGCGUCACUACUUCAUGGAAUUUCUCAGCUGCUCCUUGUAGAUAGCUUUUUGUAAAGGCAACAGCAUUAAUGGUAAGCAAAUUUUUUUUUUUUUUAUUUCCUCACUCAUUUCUGAAAUAAGAGAACAAAUAAUUCUUCAGUGGAAAAUACUGAACUCUGAUGUUCUUAGAUCACUGUUCACCAUUUUUAUAAGAAGUGUGGGUUAUUAUGGUUCCUGUGGCACCUGCAAAACAUCUAUUUCAUGCAGAAAAUAUUCCUUUUUCCUGGAUCCACAGCUUAAAUAUCCAGCCCUUUCCUUGCUUGAUGCAUUUCUCUCAGAAGCUGGAACUUAGCCAGGAGCAAAGGUCUGCUUGCAGAUUUUCCUCUAGGCCCUUAGUAUUCAGACUUGCGUUGAGUCAUAUCAGCAACUGUAUACAUACACUUCAUUAUUUUUUUUUUGAAAGUACAGAUGGCUUUGGGAGCUUUACCGUUUCUCUGGAAGAUAUUGUGUGCAUGGUUGGUUGGUUUGUUUAUCUAUAUUUUUUUGUCUUCCGCUAAGCUCUUGGCUAUACAGUUGUAAAAGGUAUGUGCUGCAUUUCCUCAGUAGUUCAUUGGCUGUUUGGGAUGGAAUUUGAUGGGCAGGUUUCAUUUACAAAUCCCUCUGUGGGAUUAGAACCCUCUGUUUCAAAAAUGUCAUUGUUCGUUCUUCAUUUAAUCACAUUCUAUUUUCCCUUGGAAACAACCAUAAUAAUUCUUACAACAAAUCAUGCUGUUACUUAAGUGGAUGGUUUCUGAAUGGUUUAUAAAUAGGAACAGAAAAACUGAAGAAUAACGACAUGAUUAUGUAAAUUAGACACAGUCAACUAAGUGGACUGUACAAUUCCGAACAAGAAAUAGGAAAAAUAAACAUAGAAGGGGGGAAAAAAAGGCUGCGUAUUUCUAAGGUGCAGCUGCAGAUUAUUUAGCUUUAAAUCUAGCAUUAAAUGUAACUCUCCUAUGAAAAGAAAUAAUCUUUUUUGUGGCAACCCCUUUCCACUUAGUUGCUAUAUUUCAAAAUAAAUCUCUUAAAUAUAUGAGGCAAGAAGGCAACAUAAUGAGAAUUCAUUUUUAAAUUCAACAGGCCAUUGAAUUUCAAUGAGCAGUCUCCCUGUUAAAUUCAGGAGCUUUGUUUUCAACUGCAACAUACAUAUUUUAGGCAGGCAUUUAAUAUUAAAUUCUUCAAGUGAUGAGCAUUCACCCACCCCUCCUGCUGCAAUAGUUAAUUACCACAGGUACAUUUUUCACUUGAUUUUUCUAUUUGCAUUUCUAGCUCCACCUUAGGUUAUUUUGGUCUUUUUAUGCCUUUGAUUGCUUAUAUUGAUCUCUGUAGUAUCAGCUUUUCUAAUUGCUUGUGUGUAGCUAUAAAUCAUGAUUAUGUCCCUUUUAACCUUUUCUCUGAUGAGAUGUACCGAAUUCCUUAACUUUCCUAUGGCAAUGAAUGUUAUCCAAGACUAAUUCAUCUUCACAUUCUUUUCUGUACUUCUCACAUAUUUAAACAUUUUUGUGUGACCUCUGAAUUAGAUGCAGCGUGUCAACAGUGAUCCAGCAGGACAAUACAGAGACAUAAUGCCAUCUUCUUACUCUGAUUAUAUAUACCUCCCUAUCCUAUUUCCACAAAAACCACAUUAUCCUUCUUUUUGCAGAAGCAUUACCUUGGAUGCUGACUUCUUUGGCUCAGGUCCUCUUCAGAGUCUCUUUCUAGAAUGUGGUACUUCAUCCCUUUAUUAUCCAAACUUACUUUUUCUUGAAAGUAUACACUGUAUUUUACCAGCCUUAAAAUACCGCUUAUGAAGCGAUCCAGAUUGCUGUGUGUAAGUGACCUGUCCCCAUUCUUUACUACUCCAGCAGCCUGCACGUCCUUUGCAAAUUUAUUGCAAGCGAUUUUUACAGUUUCUUCCAGAUCAUUGAUUUUUAAAAUUGAAUGCAAGGCAAGGUUUGUAGAGAGAGGUGAUAAGUUUUUAUUAGAUCGGUGACAUGAAUGGGGGUGGGGAAAAGCAAACAGACAGGCCAUUGAGUUCUUGUCUCUUUUUUUUUCCCAGAGCCUAUAAAAAUAGAGUAAGAUGGAAAUUCAGGGCAAGCCUUCGUGCAUCCUGCUGAUUCCCUAUUAAUACUGUGUUCUGAAAUUAGUUGUCUGAAAUUAGUUAUCUGUUUUCAACGCAACAGUGUAUAUUGAUCUUUAUCGGUGACAGGUAUUUUAAAGAAAAUGACAUGUUCAUCUGGUUUGCACUAAGUGCCUUAGGGUCCUAAGGAUAACACUUCACUGCAGGUGUCUUUGAAAGCUCAGCUUACUGGAUCAAAGCAAAAAAUGCAUCCUGUUGUUUGAGACCUCUUCUCUGUGAGGCUGUGUUGAUUGACAUUACAAUCUAUCUUUAAGUUAGUCUCACACCAUCCAUUUCACUGUGUUGCCCUGAUCACCACUAAGUAAACGAGGCCAUUAAUUACCCUGAUCAUCCUCUUUCCGCACAACAGUAUUGUUCUUGCAGUCCUGUGAAAUGUCAUGACACUGCUGAGACUUGUUAAACUAAUUACAUGUUUAGGCUCCUACAGCUGGAAAUGUUUCUGCUACUGAAUGUAGUUUCUGCUAUUUUAAGCAACCACUAUGUAAUCCCUGUUAUGAAGCAUCAGCUGACUUCAGGUUUUAAUAUUUAUUGUACUGACUAGUCUUUUUU